AUGAAGUCUCGACUCGCGAUUUCUCUACUGUUGGCGUUUGUCUUCUGUCAGUUCGGCUCGAUCGUUGCACGAGAGAUCGAUAAGAGAUCGUACGAUGACCUAGCUGUGGCGGCGACUCAUCAUCAUCACGAGGAGGGCGGUGGCGAGGAGCACCACUCCGAUCACCAUAGCAAGCACGGUGACCACGGUGACAAGGGUUACAAAUCGUCUCAUCAUCACGAGAAAGGGGAGAAGGGACACCACGACAAGGAUCAUCACAGCGGUCAUUACGACGAGGACGAGGGUCACAAGAAGAGCCAUCAUCACGACGAUGGUUAUUACGCGGAGCAUCAUAAGGGGGAGAAGGGGGAGAAGGGUCACAAAUUCCACGAGGAGGGGCAUUACGGGAAGGGGCACAAAACGAAAGGGCAUCAUGAGAUUCAUAAAUUGGACGAGUUCAAGAAAGACAAGGAAUUCUUCGACGAACACCACGAUUCUGGACACCACGAGGAUCACGGUGGCCAUCAUCACGAACACGGGCACAAGAAGGGUGGACAUUUCAAGAAAGGGCAUCACGAUCAUGGGGAGCACGAGGAUCAUUAUGGGAAGAAGGGACACUUCGAGAAGGGACACCAUCAUCACGAUGAUAAAGGGCAUAAGAGCGAAGGUGGACACGAGGAACAUCAUUCUCAUCACUCUCAUCACGGCAAGAAAGGGGGACACGAUGAUCACAAAUCAUGGGGAUUUAAGAAAGGGCAUUAA